AUGGAGUUAGUUGAGACACUCGUCAAGCAAGCAAGCAUAGACGACUCGUCCAUCGCGCCAUGUCGACCAAAGAGGAUAGUGCAAGAAGCCACAUUUAUAGAGGAAAUCAGUGGUGAAAUAUUGAAAAAACUGAAUCGUUUAACACCAAUCGAUGUUCAUGAGGGUCUAGUUGGAAUAGAAGCUCGUAUAGAGCGCAUUGAGUCGCGUGUACGUGUCGGUUCGAGAGAUGUGUGCAUUUUGGGCAUUUGGGGAAUGGGCGGUAUCGGUAAAACCACACUUGCUAGAGCUCUAUUUGAUAGAAUAAAAUCCCAAUUCGAUGGCUGCUGCUUCCUAAAGAACGUGAGGGAAAAUCAAAUCAAACAUGGGCUGUCGCAUUUGCAAGAGAAGCUCCUAUGUGAAGUUUUGGAGGAACGGAGAGACCAACUAAUUGGCAAUAUUUCGCGUGGAUUCUUAAAGAAGAGGAUGCGUGGAAGAAAAGUGCUGAUUGUUCUCGACGAUGUUAACGACAUGGAACAAUUAGAGGAUUUAGCCGGCGGCCGUGAUUGGUUCGGCCCAGGAAGCAGGAUCAUCGUAACAACCAGACACAGACAAGUUGUUAAUGGGGCGGAUGAAGUUUACGAGGCACAGCAUUUAAGCCACGAGGAAGCAAUGCGGCUGUUCAGCCACCAUGCGUUUGCGUUUGAAGGAAUUGACCACUCCCCAGAAGGUUUCUUGGAGCUUUCUACAAAGGCUGUAAAUUAUGCAGGGGGCAUUCCGCUGGCUCUCAAGGUCUUGGGGUCUUGUUUAUGUGGCAAGGAUAAACCAGUUUGGGAAAGUAAAUUGGCUAAACUAGAGAGAUUACCAAAUGAAAAGGUUCAGAAUGUGUUGAAAGUAAGCUUUGAAGGACUGGAUCGCACAGAAAAGGGCAUAUUCCUUGAUGUUGCAUGUUUCUUUAAGGGGGACCAUGUUGGUAUUGCCAAAGCAAUGUGGGAUGCUUGUGGCUUCUUCCCAGAGGUUGGUCUUUCUGUACUUAUUGACAAGUGUCUGCUGUCUAUUACAAGAAACUCUGUGUUUCAGAUGCAUGAUUUGAUCGAAGAAAUGGGUAAAGAAAUUGUUCGCCAAGAGGACAUGGAGGAGCCAGGCAAGCGUAGUAGGGGGACUAACGCAAUUAAAGGCAUACUCCUGGACUUGUCAAAAAUUAAAGAGGUGGAAUUAGGUGAGGAUGCUUUUGCGGAAAUGACCAAGCUGAGAUUUCUGAACUUCUUCUCCAAAAACUUGGGAGAAAGCACGAAGACAAGGAUAAGGCUUCCUCAUGGUUUGACAAUGCUUCCGGACAGCUUGAUGUACCUUUCUUGGGAUGGAUAUCCCUACAAAUUUUUUCCUUCAAAUUUUGAUCCAGACAAGCUUUUUUGGUUGCGUUUACGUCAUAGCUGCAUCAAACAACUGUCCAAAGGACAAAAGAUAUUUACAAAUUUAAAACAUAUCAACCUCAGCGAUUCUGAGUAUCUAUCUGAAGUACCUGAUGUAUCAGAAGCUCCAUAUCUUGAGGAUAUUAAUUUUGCGGGCUGCAUACAAUUAUGUACCAUCCACCCUUCUAUGGCUACUUUGAGCAAGCUCAAAACUCUAAAUCUAAGAGAUUGUAGGAAGCUACGGAAUCUUCCGAGCAGCAUUUGUUUGAAAUCUCUUCAAGAGUUGGAUCUCUCUGGUUGCUCGAGCCUCCAAAACUUUCCAACCAUUUCCGAUUAUAUGGAACAUUUGUGGAGUCUUUCCCUAAGCGGAACUGCUAUAUCAAAUCUGCCUUCAUCUAUUGAAAAUUUCUACGGACUUGUUGGGCUUGACCUUACAAACUGCAAAAACCUUGUGAGUCUUCCAGAUAGCAUUUGUAAUUUGAAAUGUCUCGAUAGUCUUAUUCUGUCUAGUUGUGAAAACCUCCAACAUCUUCCAGAGAACAUUGGCAAUUUAGAAUCGUUGUCUACGGUUUAUGUAGAUGAAACCUCAAUUAAACAAGUACCAUCCUCCAUUGUGUGUUUGAAGAAUAUUUUCGAGUUAUCGUUUAAUGGGUGUAGAGGAACAGAGACACUGAGUAGUCUUGGUUUUCUGUCUUGGUUUCUUCCCAGAAGCAGAAGUAGUUCAAGUUGCAAUAUGGGUCUGCAGUUGCCUCCUUUGGGGGGCUUCAAACAACUUAGUUCUCUUUCUCUUAGUAACUGCAAUCUUGUGGAAGCACCAAGUGGUCUACACAACUUGCCCUGCUUGUCUAGUAUUGACUUAAGUGAAAAUAACUUUGAGAGCUUACCUCAAAGCAUUUAUGAUCUUCCUGAAUUAGGUACUCUUAUGCUGUGUUAUUGCAAAAAACUAGUGUCAUUACCGAAGCUUCCAUCCAGCCUCAGCGUUCUUCUGGCAGAUGAAUGCACAUCACUGGAGUCCAUUAUGAGCUUUGAAUUUUUUUACAAAAGUGAUAACAGGACUUACUAAGAGUUUAAAUUUGCCAACUGUUUGAAACUAAAGAAUCAGUGCAACAGCAUCUUGGAAUCUAUAAUACAGGAAGUUCAUCUUGCAUCAAAAACAAUGCAGAUUUUAUAUGAUGAUCAGGGUAUUAAUCUUAAUCAUGGUGGCCUAAGUCUUACUCGGGGGGUCAUAUUUCCAGGGAGUGAAAUUCCAGAAUGGUUUAGUAAUCAAACAGCAGGCGAUACUAUAACCCUCCACUUUCCGCCACCUUGUUUAGAUAAGUCGUUGGGGUUUGCUGUUUGUGUUAUUCUUUCUCCUGAUGACACCUCUCAUUCUGAUGUCAACGUUAGUUGUGAAUUGAUAUGUCAAGACAACGGUGAGGAUACCACGAGCUAUUUCCCUUUCUUGCGUGGAGGAGUAAACGAAGCCUGUUUCUUUAGUGGGAGAGGAAACAAGGUCUCCUUUGAAGAAGAUCAUGUUGUUUUUGGGUUUGUAUCGACGUGUGACAGUGUUGAAACUCAUUGGCCCAAGAAUUGCAAUCACAUUGAAGGUUUAUUCAAGUUCAGUGCGUAUUUCGAAUGUUCUCAUGCUCCUGUAAAGGUGAAAAAGUGUGCAGUUCGCUUGGUAAAAGUGGAAGAAAAAACACAGCCUACUAAUUUCAACUCCUCAUCGUUAGCUGUAUUUCCAUCAUCAAUAUCGACUCCAUCGCGUGCUUUAAUUUGAAGGUGGCACUAUUUGCAAAAUGGGUGAGACCCCUUCUCGGAGUGCCUGUGGUGAGAGCUUCCCUAAUUCGUGUAGGUACAAACUCUUGGGUUUCCAUAAGUAUUAAAUGAAACUAGUUGUAUUCAUUGAAAAUUUUAACUGUUGCUAGUUGUUGAGAUCUUGCGUGUGUAUCAUACAAUAAUAUAGGUAAGUGUGAACUGUAAAUUAAUGGAAAGCAUGUAUUUUGGAGUGAAAUUGUUGUACAAUAUUAUGUUUAAAUAUCGAUAUAUUUUGAUGCUGAACUAACUAUAA